UCCAGUCGUUCCUCCGCCCGAAUAGAGGGAGAGAGAGUUGUUCAGGAGAAGUGAAGCGGCUGCCGUGUCCCAAUAAGCCAUACAGAGUCUUAUUCGAUAUGGCUUGUGAGGGAACAAAUGAUGACCUGAUUGGCGAGGCUUUGUUGAUCGGAGUGGUGGCGGAUCAGGUGAAGAACGUAACUACAGAAGUAGACACCUCGUGUCUUGGCCUUCCAAAAUCUCAACAGAUAACCAACCCUCAGGAUCAGCGUCUGUUGGAACAGCUGGGAAAAACCAUUAGAGUGAUCGGUGACCAGCUGGAUCAGGAUAAAAAGAUUAACGACAUGAUCGACGGAUUAGUACCUUUGGCUAAUAAAAGCAGUUUCGGGAAGCUCGUGAAGAGUCUCUUCAGUGAUGGCCAGAUUAACUGGGGAAGAAUUAUCGUGCUCUUCUACUCCGUUGGAAAACUGUCAGCAAAGAUGGUACUUGCUCAUUUGCCAGAAGUGGUCACAGACAUAGUGACCUUAAGUCUGGAUUACUUCAGGAAAAAGCUACUGCAGUGGAUUUGCAACAUGGGAGGAUGGAUUAACAGUAUUUCAGCACUGACUCGAUUCUCCAUAGAGCGGUUUUCUGCUUCAUCCCUAAACAGCAUCCCUUCCUCUGCUGGAUUCGUCCUGGUGUUCAUCACUGGAGCACUGCUGGGUGGGUUCAUUAUGUGGAGAAUGAACAGGUGCAACUGAGAGAAACUAAUCAGAAAGAAAGCGAGCAGAGAGGGACUGAGGGAAGGACCAGCAGGCAGAGAGGAGAUGAAACUGAUGUGACUUUAGGCAGAAAACAAUGAGGACAAUCAUGUAGAUUCAUAUGGUUUAAAAAAGUGAAAGAGCCAAACCUUUUAUAAUUUACCUUAUUUUACUGUAGUUAAAUUUACAGGGAGAAUGCACAGUAACAUACAUGUCUGUAAAUGUGCCAGUUUAGCUAUUGUGCAUCUGUGGCUCCUGGGCAAGUACAGAAAUGUACAACCCCAUUUCCAAAAAAGUUGGUACGCUGUGUAGAAUGUAAAUAAAAAUAGAAUGUAAUGAUAUGCAGAUCAUGUAAACCAUAUUUUAAAG